CAUGGUUUGACAGUUUUCACAUUUGCCCAUGAUGCACUGAUCGCCUUGACACGCGCGCCAUGCGGACGCGUGUGGUCAGCAGCAGGGUCUCUCUGGAAGUUGCGCUGGAUGCAACGACCACGAUGGCUCAGCUGCUCGCGCUUCUUCCACGACCGGAGAAUGCCUGGGGUGUGCGGAUGCUGUCCUAUGGGCCCUGGCAACUGGGAGAAGGAGACACGAUGCAGGAGGUCUUCGAACUGGCAAAGUCUCAGGAGGUACGGCUGAGCCUGGCUGAUUAUUCAGAGCUGGGACCUCGCCUGGGCCCGCGCGAGGUGUGUCGCAUCCCAGAUGCGGCGCAGCGCGGCAUUACCCUGGAGCAGCUCUGUGUGUUUUGUGGCUUCACAUCUGACAUGGCCUCCUUGUGGUGUGAGGAAGAAGCUGAGGAGAAAGAAGCAUCGCCCACUUUUGUGCCUUUGAAUCCCGAGACCUUCAACAUGUACCAUGGCAGGCGAUGGGUGCUGAAACCCUCCACUGAAGUUUUUCACUGCAGUGUGGUGGAGCUAAUGGCAGUUGAUGCAGAGCAGCAACGGCCCACAUGGUACACAAGCUUCGUUUGGGCCAAUUCGAUUUGCAGGUAUGUGGAAUGCGUGCGAAGGCAUGCCCGGGUUCGGAAAUUCUCGCGGCAAACAGCCUACUGGGGAGGUGGGUUCGCACACAACCAACAUGAUCUAGCUGAAGCAGAUUCUGCAGUUGCAAACCCACGGCGCAACAGCUUUGCCCGCGGGUUGGGCAACUGUGAUGGCAUGUUGCUGGUGUUGUACGACGUGUUCACUCCGGCGCAACGGAUUUGGUGUGUCUUUGAGCUUGCACUGGUGGUCGAGCGCAGAGACACCGAGCAUCCCAUUCUGUUGGAUGUCGGCACUGCAAUGAACAGCCACGCCAGCAUCUUGACCGACGGCCUAACAGCAGAGGAGCAGCUCAUGUCGCCACUGCGGGGCAUGCACCACAAGGCCUGUCGUGAAGCGAAUUUCCCGGCUGAGCUUCUCCAUCAUGCCUUGAGGCUAGACAUACGUGAGGCAACAUCUGCCCGAAAGUUAGAAGAAAACCUGGUCUUGAACACCAUAGCAUUUCCACGAGCCAGCACUAUCAGCUUGGAGUGCUCAUAUCCUGAUCAUCACCCGAACUAUGACAGGAUCAACAGUGCCAUUGGCUCGCACUUUGCCUUGGCCUGCUGGUACGCAUUGGAGAAAAACUCUUCCCAGACUGGUUGCGAUGUAAACCGGCGUCUUAUGUCAGAGAUUUUGCAUCGGGAUGAGACUCGAAGGAUUGUGCAACUCUCCUUCACCGGUUGCCGCCGUUUCAGUGACAAAGAACUAGGGCUUUUGAUGUCGUCAUUGCCUUCCGCUUUGCAAAUCUUCCGCUUGGACCUGGCUUUCACCGGUGUUCACACCUUGGAAUGCUUUGAGGAACUUGGUCACCGACCCAUCUCAAGCCUUUCGCUCUCCUUCACAGGUUCAUCUCUCCACUGCCUAAAAGGAUUGGGCCAAGUUUUGCCGAAGCUUGAGCAGUUGCAAGAGCUGCACCUCUGUUUCUCGAAGCUCAGCUUCCUUGACAACAUCCGACCUCUGACUGUUGCUUUGCCAUCUCUUCGCCUCAGCGAUUUGGAUCUUACAGUGAUGCUCUGCCCGAGGCUCACCGAGCCUGCCAUACAAGAACUGCAGCAGGUGGUGGUCGAGAAUCCACACUCUGGCCGGCUGGCACUCAACUUGCAGGCCACAAGUGCACCCGAGAACCCUCCGAUUGGCGCAAGGGAGCAUUAUGACUUGCAGAAUCCCACAGCUUUGGCCUCCUUGUUGAAGUGUGCGGACAUUCGGCUGGUGCGAGGGGAGUUUCUGCUGGAGCUGCAUGCAGCUGACCAAAACUUCGUCCGUCGCCAAGAAGCGGAGGAAAUGAAGACAGCCUCUGGCCACAGCGCACUGGUUACCCACGAGGAAGUACAUGACUGGAGCGUGGGUCGGGAAGUUUUUUGGCAUGAAGAUGCAUCGCCAGAUGCAUCGCCAAAUGUAUCGGCAGACGCGUCGCCAAAUUUAUCGCCAGCUGCGUCGCCAAAUAUAUCGCCAGAUGCGGUGCCAUACACAUUGCCAGGUGGCUAUGCAGACAACCGCAAACAUCAAAGAUCUCGCAUUGUCAGCGUUUCACAUUGCUGGGAAUCCAUGGAACACCCCGAUCCAUAUGGGCAUCAGCUGAGCAUUUUAGCGUCAGACAUUUGCGCGAGUGAUUGGUACUUCAUUGAUUAUAUGUCUAUCUACCAGUAUGAGCGCAAUGCCAAGCAAGAGCAAUGCUUUCAACUUGCCAUGAAGAACAUGCAUGUGCUCUAUGCUCACGACUUCACGGCCACCUUCCGAAUUGAAGAGCUCACUCCACCUGAGAUCAAAGAACGGAAGAGGUCUAGGAAAGUGACCAUCUACCACGAAAGGACUCGCUUGGUGGAGCAAGUGCCCGUGACGGAGCUCCAAGCCUGCUUGGUGUUGUACACCCAACGGGGAUGGUGUCAGGCGGAGGUUCAGUGGUCUCUGACACGAAGCCUUCCGGCCUGUUGGCUCCUCCCGCAUCCACGUGGGCUUGCGUAUAUUGGCCGGGCACCCAUGGCACCCGAGACCUUCAAACAACGAGUGGAUGUGAAGGAGUUUCGCUUUACUCACCGCAGUGAUCUUGAGGAUGUGGUGCGGCUGCAGAAAGAAGUGUUUUUGGAAAAGGCAGCGAAGGUCUUGGAAUUGGUGCUGACGAAGCUUCCUGAAAGUGAAUUCUCCGUGCUUGCGGAUGCCCUUCCUUACUAUACUCGGCUGGAUCACCUAGUAAUCAAGGACAGUAAGAUGGGGCUCGAUGGCGCAAAGGCCUUUGCGCAGGCUGUACAGACCAACCUGGUGCUGAAGAGGGUCAGCCUCGAGUACGUUUCCAUUGCAGAUGGAGGCAUCUUGCAGCUCGCUGAGGUUCUCAAGAACACCACCGUGCUAGAGUGGUGCUCCUUUGAAGGUAUCACCAUGGGUGACCUGGACAGAGCGGCACUUCAAGAGGUGGAGAAGAUGAACCGAGCACUUCAAGUCAUGUAUUGACACGUGAUAUGAAGUGAACUGGAGUCUCCAACCAGCCAGUGAUUUUUCAUCACAUCUAUCGCUACCUGUUUCGAGUCUCUGUGUUUUUGCUGAAGUUGGCCGAUUGUGCCGAGUUUUAAGUGUUGAUUCGCAGCUGUCAAGCCUUGGGCGGAGUUGGCCCACUGGACCUGGAGAACGGACUCUAUCCAUUGGACCACUCGCACGAAAAGGAAA